AUGCCGGGCGGGAUAAGUCUCAAUGCGCUCCUAGCCGACGGUGAGGCUGCUGAGAGCAUACGGCGGGCUCGCGAGCUGUCCAUGGCCGUAAGGGUGACCACUCGCAGGGUGGGCGGCAAGCUGCUUCCGCCCUCCUUCACCGGUGCUGAUGCCGUCGACUAUGCCAUGGCUGCAGGCUGGGCGCCCACCCGAUCGGCGGCGCAGGACGUGCUGUCGCCGCUUGUCGACAUGGGCUUUGUCACGCGCCUCGAUGCCCAUGCGCGUGGGGCUGGGGCGGGCCGCUUUGUCGACGGCAACGCGUACUACGCCUUUGACAACGCAGCGCUCUCCGUUGGCGAGUCGGCAGCGUCGCAAGCCCAGCAGAACCUGGCGAUCUUACAGGACUACACCGCCGAGACCAGUGUUGAAGACGCUGUUGCUGCUGCUCUUGACGCCGUCUUUGCCCUUGACGUCCUGCCCAAGAACCCGUACUACUCGCUCAUCGCCGAUCUGCGUCCGCUAGAGCAGCGGUACAUUAUGGCCGACGGUCGGCCGUACGACGAGCUCGUAACCGCGCUCAAGACACCGACCGCGAUCCCUGAUCCGGACACUGGGAUCACCCAUCCCGAGGGCAACUUUGACGUCUGGGGCCUUGCCUCGGUCCUCCGCGCGACCUCGCCGCUUGCCCUCUCCACCCUCGCAAAGGCGCUCGGUCCGCUGCUCGCCCAUGUCAACCUGGCGCUGCCUGGUGGCGGCAGUGUCCCGGUCUACACUGCCUUGGUUGGGCCGCACGUCUUUGCGCAUGCCGUGAUCACCCACCCCGGCGCUCCGCUGCGGCUGAAGCAGGAGCUCUUCUUCGAGUCCGACUCCAUCGAGGCGGUCCUCGACCACUUUGCCACUUACCUCCGCAACACGGCGCUGGCCGUCAUUGACGGCCCGGGAGCAAAUGGCGACUCGCCGCCGCCAGAUCUACUGGCACCGCCGGCUGAGGUCUUGCCCGAGUGGCAGGCGCUGAUGUUUGUCGGCUGUCACGUCGCCGCCACCGAUCGGACCAAGACCAAGCCGCGCAAGUGGACAGCCGGCGAGAUCCGCGACCAGCGCCGGGCCUUUGUCUCCAAGGUCAAGGCCGCCGUCAUUGAUCAAGGCGCGCUGCACAUGGAGCUAGUGUGGAUUCCGCCCAAGUCGCGUGUGGCUGCCGGCGGCAGCAGCUCAGUCGGCCGUCGCCGCAGAAAGCGGGUCCGCCGCCGCGUCGCCCGCCUUACCGCCUCGGGCAAGCCGCCCGUAGGCGAGUACUCGCCAGUCCCGGUCCGCAUUUUCCUCGAGUUUGGCCUCCACGUUUGCAACGCGACAACAGGCGCGAGCCAGCACUUUGCAUCGCGACCGCUUGCCACUCUUCUGCACGGCGUGUUCUUCUCGAAACGCGAUGCUGAGAGCUAUGUUCGCAAAUGUCUUGGAACGUCUGGAGCUAGAUCGGUCGAGGCCGCGCAAGCCGACGCCGACGGCACCGCCACCCGAGCUGCGCAGCUGGCCGCUGAGGCCGCUGCUGCCGCCCAGUCGCCGGUUGUCUUCCAGAAUGCGCUUGAAGCCGCAACCCAUGCCCAACGCGAGGAGAUCAUGACCCGUCUUCAUGCCGCGCUACCACGCGGCGACGUCCUGGCUGUUUUCUACCUUGCGCUGCUAUAUAUGCUCACACUGCCGUCGGCUGCAGCCGCGCCGCUCAUGCCCUCGCUCUACCACCUGUUUCGGUCGUCGGCAGCGCGGCUGGCCGCCAUCAACGAGAUCAACGCGCUCCUGUCCGCCAUCGUGAGCGACUGUCUCGCCGACCCGCGGCUCGGCUCAGAGCUUGGCCUUCUUUUUGGUGCUUACGCUGAUGAGCUCAUCCACGUUCUUGCCAUGUCAGCAUCGUCCGAGUUUGUCCACGUCCGCACUCGCGUCGCCGACACGCUAGCCGGAGUCCUCCGCCAGCCCAAGAACCGAGUCCACACCGGAACGGCUGUAGUGCUGGCAAGACUAGCGACAACGACCAAGCUGCUGUCUAUUGCGGUCGCAACCGACGCUGCAGCCGCAGGUCAAGAUGUUCAGACUGCGCUCCUGGACUGGAUGCGCAGUCACACCGAGCUCCUCAACCGGUUGACCGAAGACGCAGCCGCGGCGGCAGCAGCGCGAGUUUCGACUGGCAUCGAUGCCGGUUCCGGCGCCAAGUUUGCGGCGGCGGCGGCGGCGCCGCGCGGAACGGCACAAGCCGAUGCUGAUGACCGACCAAGCUCCAGCGUACCGGAGCCUCGGCGGGCGGCAGUGCCCGACCGUCCACGUGCUGCUCGUGCCCGUGGAACGGGUGAGCUCUUCGGCAUGGACGGCGGCGUCCGCGGCGGUGGGCCGAGGUCCGAGUUGCCUAGCCUCCCGAGCUCCGCCGACGAGCCGGCGUCGGUAGUGCUGUGGCACGAGGUGGUGGCGAGCCUUGCUGCUGAGCCGUCGGUCGAGCGCCAUGUCAUCUACGUGGCCGAGGCGGUGAAGCGAAACAUGCGAACUGCAGCGACACCUGUGGCGAUUGCGCGCGAGGGCGUGCUAUUGCAGUACGUGGUCGAUACCGGCCUGGACAACGUGCUGAAGGAGAUGUGGAUGGAGCUGUUUACUGGUGAGCUACUCCCGCCGAACCCUUACCCGCAUGUGGUGCAGCGACUCAAGCGUGGGCUGCUCAUGUUUGACAUUUACGCGGAGACCGACGAGCAGGUGCGAGCGUUCCUGCUACAGCCGACAACGCUUGUAGAUGAGCGGACGCAGGUGUACUGUGCCGCCGAAGCUGACGCUGUGGUGUAUGGCACGUUUGCCGCGGUCAAGCUCGCGUCGCCGGCCGCGGUGAGAGCGCUGCUUGUGGAGCUUGGCGACGCCGCCAACGCGCAGAUCAUUCCGACGCUCGGCAACGCAUCGGCAACUAUCUCGACCGGACUGGCCGGUCGGACGUGCCUCUACGGUAAGCUGUACAAGCAUGUAACCUCGCUGCAUGUGGUGGAGAACUACUACGUCUCAGGGCCCGAGUUCUUUGAGGCGCUCGAGCUCUUUGUCCGCAACGUCUUCUCGAACGUCGUCUUUCUCCACGACGAGUCGCCGCAUGUGGUGCGCAAGCUAGCGCUCGGCGCGAGCGAGUGGACGCCUUCGGCGAUGAAGGCGAACCUGAAGGAUUUUAUCCGUGCAACGCAGCGGGCGGUCGAGGCUGCCGACGGCGUUGUCCUCGACCUGCUGUUUGUUGUGGGAACACAGUACGUGAAGAUGGCAAAAGAGUUUCGGUUCCACCACGUGGUCGGCUCUGGAGAUGCCGGUACCGAUCAUUACGCGCCGUUUGACAUUGUGGACCUCUACUUUACGGUCUACUUUUCGGCCGAAAAGGCGAGCACUGCGGUGGGUUACGCCGAGCUUAACGGCCGAAUCGACGCUCGGAGCAACAUCAAGGCUGUCGGCUCUGCGCUGAGACGAUCGGUCGGCGACGCAAUGGCGGAGCACGAUGUGGUGACGGCGCUAGAGCGCCUGGUGCAGUACCUGGUGGUGCGCGGCGAGACGGCGUUGCUGCCUGCGCUGGCGCGGGUGCUCAACUCGCCCGUGGCCCGCAUCCGGCAUCUGGCGUCGAUGGUGGGCGUUCUGCGGUCGCUCAUUGUCGAGUGGGGCUCGCUGAGACUCGGUGUGCGGCUCAACGUUGUGGCGGCAAUGAUCCACGAGCUCACCUAUCGGCUCAACGAGUUCCUGCAGUCGGAGAAGGGCGUGUACAUGCAGGGGACCGGGGCGUAUGUGGAGCACCUGCUGAGUGGACUGGUCGACCCGAUCAAGCACCCGAGCUCGCAGAACUGCUGGCAAUGA